UUGAACGCUUUCCGCAUUGUGGCCGAGGAGGGGCAUCAUCGCACAAAUAUUUACAAAGAGAUAAAGAGCCUUCCUUGCUCUCUUUUUUGGAUUCAACUGCCCCUCGAGUUAGUUUUUUUUUUUCUUCUUUCUUUCUCGGAGGUCUUUGGACCAAAGUACACAUUGCAGUAGAUUUUGGUCAGACUUUUGGACUAGAGAACAUUUGGAUCCCGGUGUCAUGUUUUGUGGAUCGGAUCACAUGCUAUGACUGUACUCGUUUUUGUUUUGUUUUUGUCGGUUUUUUUUCGCGUUUGCCAGCAGCAGUAGUCCCUGGCGCGCAGCAGUUUGAUGGGGGAGAAUGGCACGAGUGUGGUUGGAGAGCGUCAACUCUUUACCAGGGAUUCCCCACAGCGUGCUGUCAGUGCCCAUGGAGAAUAAGUACAAAUGUCAGCAGUGUCUCCAGGUCCUCAGGAAGCCCGUCCAGGCUCAGUGCGGCCACCGCUUCUGCGUACACUGCUUCAAACAGCUCACCAGUUCGGGUCCGAAGCCAUGCGAGGCCUGCCGCCAGGAGAAGAUUUAUGAGGAGCCCACGUCCAUCCUCAACAUCAGUGAGGCCUUCCCGGACAAUGCGGCCGGUCGAGAAAUAGCCAGCCUUCCUGCGCAGUGUUUGAACGAGGGUUGCAGCUGGAAAGGAUCCAUCAAAGAAUACGAGACGCAGCAUGAAGGCUCCUGCGAGCUGGAGCGCGUGCAGUGCGAGGCCUGCCAGGGCUUCUUGCUGCGCUCGGAGAUGGAGCGCCACAACGAGAGGGAGUGCGAGGCCCGAACGCUCAACUGUAAAUACUGCAAAGUGCCGUGCAACUUUAAAGACAUCAAGGCGCAUGACGAAGUGUGCCUCAAGUUUCCCUUGCAGUGCAAAGACUGCGGCAAAAAGAAGAUCCCCAGAGAAAAGUUCAACGAUCACGUUCGAUCCUGUGCCAAGUCCAAGAGCGCCUGCCCCUUUAGCGAAGUCGGCUGCAAGUUUGUGCUGGACAACGGCAAGUUGAGCGACCACGAGCACAGCAGCGUCAUGGAGCACCUGCGCAUGCUGCUGCCCCUGGUGCUGUCGGUGGCCCGGCCCGCCACAGAGGCCCCGGUCCACACCGAGUGGCAGGAAGACUCCGGUCUGGGCCUGUACAGGGCUCCUGAGGAGGGAGCCUCGUCCCCCGUGCUGACUUCAGACAUGGACAAGAAGGUGAGCGCCUUGGAAAACAUCGUGUGCGUCCUGAACCGCGAGGUGGAGCGCAGCUCUGUGACGGUGGAGGCCUUCUCGCACCAGCACCGCCUGGACCAGGACCAGCUGGAGAGCCUGAACACCAAGGUUCAGCAGCUGGAGCGGGCCUUGGCCAUGCGCGACCUGCAGCUGUCCGAGACGGAGCAGCUGCUGCGAGAGCUGCAGUUCUGCACCUACGACGGCGUCUUUGUCUGGAAGAUCUCGGACUUUGCGCGCCGCAGGGUCGACGCCGUGGCGGGUCGGACGCCUGCCAUGUUCUCACCCGCGUUCUACUCCAGCAAAUACGGCUACAAAAUGUGCCUGCGCUUGUACCUGAACGGCGACGGCACGGGGCGGGGUACGCACCUGUCGCUCUUCUUUGUGGUCAUGCGGGGCCGCUGCGACGCGCUGCUCAAGUGGCCCUUCAGCCAGAAGGUGACGCUGAUGCUGCUGGACCAGAACAACCGCGAGCACAUAAUCGACGCCUUCCGCCCGGACGUCACUUCCACGUCCUUCCAGCGGCCCGUGGGCGAGAUGAACAUCGCCAGCGGCUGCCCGCUCUUCUGCCCGCUGGGGAAGCUGGCCGGGAAGAGUCCGUACCUGCGCGACAACACCAUCUUCAUCAAGGCCAUCGUGGACCUGACGGGCCUGUGAGGUGAAAACUGCGGAAGUUUCCACCCGAAAAGCGCCAAUCGCCGUCACGUAGAAUAAUUUCAAUUUAUGAUAUACACGACGCUGAAAAGCCUAUGAUAUUAUGAUAUUAUAAUAAUAUAUAGUAAGAAUACAUGAUACCUCAUAAUACCUGGUUAGUAUUUCAUAUAGCAUUUGCUUUGCUAAACUAAAUAUUUCUUGACUGCUAACAUCAUAGCAUAUUUAAUAAGAGCCAACACAUGAGCUACGUGAGAAUGUGCGUCACAUCUGCACGUCUAAACUUAAUUGCAUUUUUUUUUAAUUAUUAUUAUUAAUGAAGCUUUUCACAUUUACAGAAAAUUCAAGUCAGUUUUUAAACUUUUUAUAUAAUUCAAAAUAUAUGAAGAAUAUAUUGAGAAGGGUUGCGUCAGGAAGGGCGUCCGGCGUAAAAAUUGCGCCAAACAUAUAUAUGCGUUCAUCUGAAAUGAUACGCUGUGGCGACCCCGAAAGGGACAAGCCGAAAGGAAAACAACAACAACAUAUUGGUCAUUUAAAAUUUUUAAAUACAAGUUAUAGUGUGUGUGUAUAUAUACCCUGUCUACAUUGAAAAUAUUUCAGAAAAUAUGCAAAGUGUUUUGAAGUUAAAAAAAAAAAAAGACUUGAAUUAAUGUGUAAAAUAUUAAAAAAAUAUUCUAUGAUAGUUUGUGUAAAAAAAAUACACGUACAGUACAUACAUUGAUGAUGAACGUGCGGCGCUUGUAUUAGCUGUUAUUACCGACUACGAUACUAUGUUACUACUGUUUUGAAGUACUGUAAUAGCUUGGUGUCGUGUACUUCCAAAAAUAUAACAACAGAUUUAGUGUUUCAUGUAUAUAUACUAUAUACUGAUUUCUGUAGGUCAGUGCUGAUUAUUUGAUCUAUUCAUCACUUCACUGCGAGUUGAAAACUAACCUUUGUACAUGUUGCAAUAAUAAAAGUGCGAGCAUUUGUUUAUGCUUUGCUGUCAUAAAGCAA